ACUUUGUAAACGAGGCGAGAGCAGAGUGAGGCGGCCGUGAAUCGUCCCAGGGCCGGAUGGUCAAAUCCAACCUCCAGCGGAUACUGAACAGUCACUGCUUUGCUCGCGAAAAAGAAGGAAAAAGGCAAGAUCAGGCCAGGAUGGACGCUUUGACAAGUACUAGUAAUAUUUGUGACAUGAUCGGCAGUUUGUCUCUACGCUGUAGUAGUACCCCUGGUCCUGGGCCUCUGUGGUGCUCCUGAUGCCCCUCUCCCACCCCUGAAGAUCCCAGGUGGGCGAGGGAAUGGCACACGGGAUCACCCUCCCGCAGCUCGGCCACUGUACUCGGACAGGAAGUUGACUGUGACGGAGCAACCUGCUGGGGCUGGUCGCCCCGGGAUACUGCAUUUCCAGAGCCGGCCCACCGUCUCCCGGAGUAUACACUGGGAGGCGGUGCUUCGCGGGGACGGCCUCUAUGUUGAAAUCCCCAACGACCCGCUCCCGGAGGGCAGCAAAGAAAGCUUUGCUUCUCUGCUGGAAUUUGCUGAAGAACAUCUAAAAGUUGUCAGCGUGUUUGUCUGCUUUUAUAAGAACAGAGACGAUCGUGCUAAGCUGGUGCGUACGUUCAGCUUUCUGGGCUUUGAGAUUGUGAAUCCAGGCCAUUCCCCCGUCCCAUCUCGACCUGAUGUUUUCUUCAUGGCCUACAACUUCGACAGGGAUUCUUCGGAUGAAGAUUAGUUCCAGAACCCAAGACCUUCGACAGCCCCUGCAACAUCCCUUCACCCAUUCGUUAUUCCUGUCCUCAUUUAAACCCAUUUUUCCAGCUCCUAUUCCUACUGUCCACAACCCCUGAUGCCUCCACAUAAGCCCCACCCCCUACCACUUUGUACCCCACUUAUAAAGUGAGCGCUUCUUCCUCACUCUGGCUUUUGUGUUGAAAUACUGCUGGAUUAUUUUUGGUAUUUGUUCCAGUGUAGUGUGGCUGAAUUUUAUAUCUCUCCUCUCCCUUCUCUUGUCAUUCCUUCCUCACUCUUCCAGUCUUCAUCCUGUUUGACAGUUUAUGUUUAUCAGUUUAGUCUGCGUUCUUGUUACGAGGGAAUCGUCCAGCAAGGGAGCUACGAGCAUAUUGCAAUUCACACAGCAUAUAAAGUAUCAAUCAGUGUAUUGUUUGUUCUUAUUUUUAUGCUCAAAUCGUUUAUAAAAAGUGAAAUUCAGUUUUUGUUUUCUUGAAUGUACACAAAUAGGUCAUUCAGUUUACACGUUUGGGUAGCCCUGCAUUGCAAUUUGAUUGGCUUGUGCGCUUUUAAAGUGAUACCACCCUCUUUAAUGUGUCCAAAACUGUGUUGAAUUGGUAACCAGUACAAAUCAUCCUACUUUUUACUUUGCUGUUACCUCGGAUUGCGGUACUUCACAAUUGUGGAAUCGUCAAAUGGUACAAAGCUAGAAGGUCAGAAGGAGGUGUAACAUCCAAAGUGCUUUUACCUCGUUUUCUGUUUUGUGAGUCUACCGUUGAGCCUCGUUUUUGAAACUGUUCUGCUGCGCUACUCUCAUGAAGCUAGCAUUCCUUCUCACUUUAUUAUUUUUUUCCCCCUCUGGUGAUUUUGGAUGUUUUUUGAUGUUUUGAUGAUGAUCUGCAUAGUGGUACUUGUUGUGCUUCUGUGAUAAUAAAAAG